AUGCUCCAACAACGUGAAUUCAUGCGCCAACAGAAAGAUUUGUACAAGUCUGCUCUGCCAAUCAAUCGCUUCUUGCCGCAGAGAGUGGUGGACUCCUUCCAGGGCAUCUACUGCAUCAAUUCAUUCAACUACACUUUCGUCAAAACUCUUUUCGAAGAUCUCAUACACGAGAUGAAAGGAAUGAAGGAUAACAAAAUGAAGAUGAGAGAUUCUUUGGUGACAGACGAUGCUGUGCAUGAAGGUAUGUAUGACAUGUACCAGCACGGAUACAUUCCAGUGGCCAACUGGAUCAGGAGCAUCUUCGACCAGGAUCCACCCUACGACAGUAAAGACGGCUCGGAAAUUUCCUACCAAAUUUCUGAUACAAUCAUCUAUGAAGACGGACCACAUCUAACUGUAGAACAGCGACGGCAUCAGCUACAACAAUUCCAUCAACAACAAUCACAACAAUACCAACAACAAGACAAGUUGAACAACAUCAGCAAAUAUUUCAACAACAACAUCAACAAAUGUUACAACAACGUCAGCAGCAACAACAGCAACUUCAACAAUUUCAACAAGUAA